AUGUCUGGCAAUGGAGCCACCAAGCAGGCUGCUGAAUAUGUCUCAGAAGGAGCGAAGAGAGCAGAACAGAAAUUAAAAAACAACCCAUUUGACCUUACUGCUUGGAGCGUUCUGAUUCGAGAGGCACAGAAUAAUCCUAUAGACAAAGCACGGAAGAUAUAUGAACGUCUUGUUACCCAGUUCCCUAGUUCUGGCAGAUUCUGGAAACUGUACAUUGAAGUGGAACUCAGAACUAAAAAUUAUGAUAACGUUGAAAAGUUAUUUCAGAGAUGUCUUUUAAAGGUUUUACAUAUUGAUUUGUGGAAGUGUUAUCUUUCAUAUAUCAGAGAAAAGAAGUCAAAACUACCCAGUUACGGAGAAAAAAUGGCACAAGCAUAUGACUUUUCUUUGGAUAAAAUUGGAAUGGAAUUUAUGUCUUUUCCGAUUUGGAUGGAUUACAUUAAUUUCUUGAAAAGCAUGGAAGCUGUUGGGUCUUAUGCAGAAAAUCAAAGAAUGGUAGCUAUCCGAAGAGUUUAUCAACAAGGUUGUGUUAGUCCUAUGAUCAAUAUUGAGCAACUUUGGAAGGAUUACAACAGAUACGAAGAAGGCAUCAACAUACAUCUAGCUAAGAAAGUGCUUGAAGAUAGGAGUAGAGAUUACAUGAAUGCGAGGCGUGUAGCAAAGGAAUAUGAAGCAAUGACGAGAGGUUUAGACCGCAAUGCUCCAGCAGUCCAUCCACAGAAUACUCCCCAAGAGGUUCAGCAAGUAGACUUGUGGAGGAAAUACAUACAGUGGGAAAAGAACAACCCUCUCCGCACACGAAACCAGAUGCUCGUAACAAGAAGAGUUAUGUUUGCAUAUGAGCAGUGCUUGCUAGUGCUAGGCCAUCACGCAGAUAUUUGGUAUGAAGCUGCCCAGUACCUGGAGCAGACCAGUAAGCUGCUGUGUGAAAAGGGGGAUAUGAGUAGUGCUAAAAUCUUUAGCAGUGAAGUUGCUAACAUAUAUGAGAGAGCUAUUAGCACUUUGCUGAAAAAAAAUAUGCUUCUUUAUUUUGCAUAUGCAGAUUAUGAAGAGGGUCGAAUGAAAUUCGAGAAGGUACAUGGCAUAUACAGUCGACUUCUGGCUAUUCAGGAUAUUGAUCCUACUCUGGCAUAUAUCCAGUAUAUGAAGUUUGCAAGGCGAGCAGAAGGCAUCAAAGCUGGAAGGAUGAUAUUUAAAAAAGCAAGACAGGAUACUAGAACACGUUAUCAUGUCUAUGUUGCUGCAGCAUUAAUGGAAUACUACUGUCAUAAGGAUAACUCAAUCGCCUUUAAUAUUUUUGAGCUGGGGUUAAAAAAAUAUGGGGAUGAUCCAGAAUAUAUAUUAGCCUAUAUUGACUACCUUUCUCACCAGAAUGAUGAAAAUAAGACACGAGUUUUGUUUGAACAAGUAUUGACCUCUGGAAAACUUCCACCUGAGAAAUCUGGAAAAAUUUGGGCCCAAUUACAAAUUUUUGAAAAUAACAAUGGUGAUCUAGCCAGUAUCCUGAAAGUGGAGAAAAGACGGUUCGCAGCAUUCCGAGAAGAUUAUGAACACAGAGAAACAACAUUACUGGUUGAUAGGUACAAAGUCAUGGAUUUAUAUCCCUGCUCUGCAAAUGAACUGAAGGCUCUUGGCUAUGAGGACAUCUCUCACAACAAGCUAACAACCAUUGUUCCUGACCCUGUGGCAACUCCUUCCAGACUGCCUGUCUUUAAAGAGCAAGUGGAUAGAAAACCUAAAUACCCCAGGCCAGACAUCCAACAGAUGAUCCCCUUUCUGCCAAGAUAUUUAGCACCCCCAGCCUCACACCCUGUGCCUGGUGGAGUUUUUCCAGUACCACCUGCUGCUUUAGGUUUAAUGAAACUCCUCCCUCCUCCCGUCUGUUUCCAGGGUCCUUUUGUGCAAGUGGAUGUAUUGAUGGAUAUUUUCAGAAGAUGCACGAUCCCAAGUUCUGUCGAAGAAGCUGUGAGUAUCAUUACUGGAGGAAUACAAGAUCAAGCCGUAGGAGGGAACGACCCCAUAGAAAGCAACGUUGUGCUCCACGGAGGGGUCAAACGACCCAGUGACCAUUCAGAAGAGGUCGAAAAGAAAAAAGGCAGAGUGACGCCGCCCAUCGAUGACAUCUGUGGAGCCAGACAACACAAGUGA